UGAAUUACGUCAACCAAAUUGAAUCAGAAAGAAUAGGGGAAUUUGUUGGAACUCACCAAAUCGGGUUGCGCAAAGGAAGCUGGGAAGCUGACAGCGUGGCUCGAGGCAACAAGACGACAACAAAGACCAGCCCACAAGGACCUGCUGCCUCUGCUGCCGACGACGAGGAGCGCAGGGAACAAUCAAAAAUCAACAAAAUCAUUCAUAAUAUGUUGACUGUUGUUGCAGCGGCAGAAUCGAGCAGUGCAGUGCAGGCACCAACACCCUCGGAAGAAAGGCGAGGGAGGGACGGAAGCGCGGCACGGCGAGACGCGAGCACUCACCAGGAAGCACAGCUGCAGGAAGAGAGGCAAGACGCGAGCAGUGGAGCACACCAGGCGUUGGGUGCAGUGAUGGGGGACGAGCAGAAUACGAGACAGAGGGAGCAAGACCUCUGGCGACGAGCACGCGAGGGACAACGAGCGGAGGAGACGCGAGCUUGCGGUGGAUCCGGCGAGAGCACACGAUGCGGUGAAUUCGGCGAGAGGCGCGGCGACGAAGGCGAGCGGCGAUGGCGGUGAACCGAGGUGAGAGUGAGAGAGCUGGGGGAGGGGG